UGAAACUUCGACGUUUCAACUCGUUUUUCUUAUUAUUGAAUCUCAUAAUGGCAAUAUUACUUAUGACCAGUUAAACGUAGUUAAUUUGAGCUGCGUUGUUAAAAUUAUUCACGCUAUUUUAUCUGUUGUAUUUGGAACGCAUUGCUAAUUUCAGUAACUUUCUAAUAGAUAAAAAAAUUGGUGAACUCUUUUGUUGUAGCGUAUGCAUAGCCAUUGAGCGCCGUGACACGGUUUACAUUUCUGUUGUGCGCGCAUCAUUUGAGACUCUCGACCAGCAGUAAGGCGGGAAGAUGGACGUCUUCGUAAAAAGUUUGUUGGAAGAUUGGAAUCUAAGCGAAUUUGCCUCAAAUUUUGAAAAUGAAGGUAUCGAUGAAUACAGUUUCCCGCUGCUUGAUGAAGAAACGAUCCGAUUGUUGAUUCCAAAAGCAGGGCCUCGAUUAAAAUUUCUAAAACUUUUCAGAACAACUCAUACUGCAGAAAAUAAGCCAGAUGAAAUUGGCAGUGAAAAAUGUGACUCGAAAACAGAAGAGAAAAGUAAGGGAGCGCAAGAAGACGGAAACUUAGUCAAAAGUUCUGAAGCAGAAGAAGUUAAAAACUUAGGGAAAACUACUUCAACAGAGGAACUUAUUUUAAAGAAAAUUAGAAUAAAAGAACUGCUCGAAAGAAAAUUACCGGAAAUUUAUUUGAAGCUGGUAGCCGGAGUACCUGGUAGCAUAAACAUAACUGCCAAGUACAAAAUAAAUCGAGCUGUGGUGGAUGCCUAUAUCUCAAAUUUCGAUAGUCAACCUACAACACAAACGAAACUACUGCUGGCAAAAAAGAUCGUCGAAUGCUUUCCUGUCUUGAAAGGGUUAGAUGGGGAAGGGCAUGAACAAUGGUUUACUGCUGGUUCUGAUGGCUCGCCUGCAAGAGGCUUCAUAGCCGAGCGGUUCAGAAAUUUCAGGCUGAGAAAUUUAUCGACUACAGAAAGGAGAGAAUUAGGAAUACCUAAAAAAAAGAGAGAGACUCCAGAUGUACGUAAAAGAUUUUCGGAAGACAGCUCGUUGACAUUCCUACAAAGGCAACAAUGGCUCAAAGAAAAUUCUGAGCCAAAAGAGGAGGUGAUAUUGCUUAUGGGCCAGACUUUUGAAGGACGACGUUUCCAAAUAUUAGAGAAUGCAGGAAAUGUGUUUGAAUCGUGGCCUAGACUUUUGAACCAACAUAUUAUCGAUGCAGAAUUUAACCUGCUCUACGAAAACAAAGGAAACUCGUUCUGUGCUGACUUCGGACUUCUAGCUACAUCUCUAAUUCUGCAAGCGAAACACUGCGGAAGGCUUGCUGCAGAACAGUUUGCGAAUGGUCUACAGUUAAAUUUUGCUACAAUAGAACCUUCCAACGAAAAAACUUGUGCAGCAUUGCUGCUGCUUCCACUGAUGUUGCCAGAAGGAGGCUUUAAAAAGAAAGGAACUAAGACGAGAAAGAUAAAACCUACGGGCGCUCAGUCGCAGGAUAAUUUUAUACAGUUUCUCCCUGUAUGUUCCAUUUUUUCUCAAUUCAUUAGCUAUAUAUUUUUGUCCCAAAGCUAAUGUAGGAACUACGUGUUUGCAUAGGUUGUACUUCUCCCUCCUUGACAAUUUAAUUUGCCAGCCGGAAGACUGCAUGACUGAGCAUUGUCUUGGUGUCGCAUUAGUGACUAGAGCAGCCACAGAACCGUCUCGGGUGGUGAAAAUGUUAUUCGCCAGAUAGUCACUAGUGUUGCAUUCGGAUUAUGUCGCGGUCAUGUGUUGUUGGUAAGCAUGGUGGUCCUUACGGCCGUUGUUAUUUUUAUUUCUGUUAGUCCCUCGUUUUAUAUUCUGGAAGCGGUCUAGUCCCCGUCAUGGAGGGAUUAGUAAAUAUCUUGUUUAAAUUGUAAACGUGACCUCUACAAUGAAAAAUAUUUUUUCUUACUGUGUCUAAUUUUACAUAAUGUAUAGUUACCCUUUUUGUCUGCUUGUAUCAGACAUGUGAUAUAUCACCGUGAAUUAAAUUUAGUAUCUGCAAAAUAACAGAAGGGCAUUGCAGCCAAUAAAGUCAAUAUAGGGUUGACCGACCAGUGAAUGAACUCUUAGGCAAAUUUUCAAAUUAAAAAAUUCAUAGUGUCGUUGAAUUAUUAAAAAAAAUGUAUUGGAGAUCUUUUAUUGUUUUUGCUAGGGUUUUAUGGGGGAGGUUAAAACGAAAAAAACCCAGUGAAUGAACACCCCUACCAGUGGACAAAAGCAGUAUUUUCUUCCUGUAAAUGUGAAUGUGUUGUUUUUUUUUAAAAAGAAUUACACUGUGUAUAUUCACUGGUCGGUCCACUCUAUACUACUUAAUUUCAUAUGUAACUAAUUUCAGUGUUUGGUUUAUAAAGACUUAAUAUUAAUAGCCCAUGAAUCAACUAUCAAGUGUAUACUGCAAUAUUAUACUACUAAUGUUUUUUCUCUCGGCCAUGGAAUUCAGUAUAUUUCAUCACAAUUGUGUCACAUUUCUGUUGUAUUGAUAAAACUUUUCAAUUAUAUCGUUUAAGGCAAAUUGUAUAGACAUCGAAGGGACAUUUAAAUGUGUUGUAUAAGAAAUUCCGAGAAACGAGCUUUUUAAAAUGAUUUGUAUGUUUACACUGCAGCAAAAAAAAAAAAAAAAACUUUAAAAUGUCAUUUUGUUGGCUUAUCCUAAUGUAAAAUGACACCCGAGUCCAAAUAUGCCCACCGUUUCCCCCAUAUGCGUACCUAUUUGCACAAUGGUAUUUAUUUCUUUCACAUUAAAGAAAUAUUGUACAUAUAGGGGGAAACGGUGAGCAUGUUCGAAAUCAGGGGAUCAUUUUACAUCGAUCGACAAAAUAUCAGAAGCAUUUCAAAGGGGUUUUUUUACCGCACAGUGUUAUUUCUAUGCCAUACCAGUGGUAUAAAGUAAAUUAAUGAGGAAAUUAUUUCUAAUUUUAUUGCUUUGGAAUAUUUUUUGUCGAAAAUAGCAGUUUGUGAUGCAUGUAAUGUGCCAUACCAGUGGUACAAAAUAAAUUAAUGUGGAAAUUAUUUUUAAUUUUAUUGCUUUGGAAUACUUUUUGUCGAAAAUAGCUUUUUGUGAUGCGUUUAAUAUUCAGUUUAGGAAAUGAAGUUUUAGUUACGCCUGCUUUUUUAAUGUAACAUAUACCCCUGAUAGGUAUUUGGCAUUUUUUUUUCUUCUCUCUAUAUUUUGUUUACAAAGUAAUUUUUCAUUUAAAAAAAAUGAUAUUUGAUAUUGUCUAAAAAAUAUUUCAG